CUUGAGGAAUUGUGUCUUGUGAAUAGCGGUUUCAAGAAUCUUGAGGUAUCAUCUUCACUUGGAAAUGAAGAUAAUGUGAAGAGGUGUGUUAAGUGACUUUGACUAAACUUUUUGAAGUGUUAAUGAUCCCUUUGAAUGCAAGUAGUAACUGUUUAUUUGGAAAUUUGCAGUAAAGUUUGCCAGGAAAGAAAAUUAAGUCAGAAACUCGGCGUUGGAUCUGCUGGAAAACAGAAAUGUCAGUGUAAGUAGACGCUUACUCGUUACAGAUGAUGUAUGAGUCGUAUAACCUGUUCUGAUGGACUAGUUUUGUGCUCUGCAUGACUUUUGUUUUUGAGGUAAACAGUGAAAGAAUUUUUUUUUUUUUUUUUUUUUUUUUUUUUUUUUUUUUUUUUUUUUUUUUUUUUAUCUCAGCACUGUAUUCUGAAUGUUACUUCUGUCCAAUGAACUUAGUAUGUCUGAUAGAUAUUAAUCGCGAUUCAAAGAAAGUAACCUUCCCUGCUUGUAGUUGCUUCCAACCAUUACUUAUUAACCUGUUCUGAUGGACUAGUAUUGUGCUCUGCAUGACUUUCGUUUAUAAGUGAAAUUGUGAAAGCAUUUUUUAAUCUCAGCACUGUAUUCUAAUUGUUACUUCUAUCCAAUGAACUUAUUAUAUCUGAUAGAUAUUAAUUGCGUUUCAAAGAAAGUAAUCUUCAAUGCCCUGCUUGUAGUUGCUUCCAACCAUUACUUAUUCUCUGUCACACUCAUGAUAUUCUUUCUUAUUGCGCUGUCUUUUCUCUUAUGGCCUUUUACAGCAUUGAUGAAAACAAAAGUUGCGUCUCCAAGCAAGGUAAGGUUUAUCAGAUAGUGUUUUUGCUAGAAACAUCUAUAAAUGACUUGAGCAUAAGUGCCUAUUGCUUUUUUUGGACUUUCAGAUGGUGUCGACAGAAGGCUCCAUACGACAACAGAUGGCUGUUGGAAGAUCAGAGACGACAUCAAGAUCAGCUGUUGCUAAAUCACAAUCUGUGAGUUGACUGACCACUUAUCACAUUACUGAUUUACUGAUUAGGUGCAUCCAGGACCGUUGGACUGGAAUAUUUAGCUGAACUUUUUAAAAGCAUCCAACUGAAAAGGUUGAGGCUGAUAAGGACAGUUUCUGCUGUAGCAAGAUAUUUAUGACUAUAUCAGCAACUAGCAAAAAAUCUUGAAAGCAUUAUGACUAACUAAACUUACUUUGAAUUGAUUAAGAACAUUAUUAGCAGGAAAGAACCUUUAAAGUCCGCCGGAAUCAGGAGCCAGACUAGAGUCUCUAAGGUGCAUGACAAAAAACCACCUCUGCGAGCAAUCAGCAGAAAUGGACAUGGCAUGUUGGCUCCCAAACUACCAGAUUUAAGGAGCUCUAAUUCUAUAAUAUCCUCCCAAUCUCUCUUGCCUUCAUAUGCUACUAAUAGGUCGAUUGAUUAUUCUCCAAGUAAAACUUCCAUGGAUAAUUUACAGACUGCAAGCCUUCUGGAAUCACAGGAGAUGCCAGAUGGUAGUAUCACUUAUGAUAUUAAGGCUUCUCAAACAAUGAACUUAGUAGCCCAUCAGAACAAUCAUCAACUUCAUUCUUGCACCAAACGAAGUCUUGGACUGGAUGCUUCAAAACAGAAUGACACUACAGAAGCAAAGAGAAGUCCCUUUUCAUCCAAGGCUUCUAGUCUUCGUAUGCCAUCCCAAAAGAUCGGCUUCUUUGACAUGAAAUUUCAUAAGCCAGAGAUUAAAAGGCAUGAUCAAGAUGGUAUGUCUAAUAAUAAAGGGCAAAGGAAGAAAGAUGAGGCCUCCACCAAGAAGCAAACACAUUCUCUUGGAUUCGAGGAAAAGGAAAACAUUUUCCACCCUGAGGAUACUGUGAUUGAGCUUGAACUAAAAAAAGGUUCUCCGUCAGCUUCUCAGUUGGCUGCUAAUGGCUCCUCACCAAGUUCUGGUCAGUGCUCAUCUACUUCCAAGAAAAGCCACACUAAAGUUCAGAGACCAGCACGGCAAAGUUUGUUCAGCCCAACUCCUCGCACUAAGACAUCAACAUCAAUUCCCAAAGUUUCUCCAUUGAAGAAAAGUGCUUUCUUUUAAACUGAGCAAUCCCAAAGGAAAUGUCCAAGAAGGUAGAUAACUUAGAUCUAGGUUCACCUAAAAACUUAUUAGACGUUUUGAAAGACUCUCAUUUAACUGUGGGUUGCUAUCAUAAUGAGACAAUUGAAGGCGAAAAUUAGUAGGCUGAGAUGAUGUUUACUUGUACCAAGGUGAAAAAAGUCUUAAUGAAAAGUUCGAGCAUUGAGGAGGUCGAUUAUGUAAAGCCAAUAGAGCUAAUCUAUAAAUAAUGAUUGUUGAUUCGGAUUUUGGUCCAGAGCAUCUUCUUGUAAUGAUUCUUCUAGCCAUAAGUAUAAUUUUGAUAUGUUUCCAUUUUUUUUCCCUUGACAAAGACCAUUGCACAUGUGGGUUCAUGCAUUAUUUUUCCUAAAAUGGGACCAUUUCACAUGGUUCAACAAAGCUUCAACUUGAAAGUUAAUUUAACAACACUUUGUCUUCACCUCCUCAGUGCCUGUUCAUCGUUCAUCAUGACGAAGUUUAUACAACAUAUCCAGUGUCCUAGAACACCUUUUGCAUCACAGAAUUAUAUAUAUUAAACACCGUAUGUUUAGGUCACUAAGGAGAUUUUUCCUCCUCUAAUGCUCCUAUCAUUAGAGGUCUUUUAAGCAUAAUUGUUGUAUUGACUGAAUUUUUUGUUUGUUUCGACAGCAUUAAUUUGGCUUAAUCGAAGGUCAUAAUCAAGAAUAAUGUGAGAUAUAUAUAGCAUUUUGUAUUAACAAAAAAUAAGACACCUGAGUGGUGCUUAGCCUUUGAUGUAUAAUAACUGAAUGCAGAGUAUAAUCUAUGGCAGAAUAAAUACUAUUGACAGGAACAGACCAACUUAUAAUGUUGGGGGUAAUUUCCUGUUACUUAGAAUUUUCCAUUGUAGUUACCAAAUCAAACACAACUUAUUAAAUAAUACGCAUUCCAGGAUAACCUCUAAUGACACAAAGAAUAUUCACUAAUAUGGAGUCAAUUGUGAUGAAAGUGCAGCAACCGAUAUGUCAGUGCACUUAGACUUACGAAAGGAACUUACACCCAGACUCCCAGAGGCUUUCAAGGGCACAUUCUGUCUGGACCAUCUGUAGACCUAUGCAACUAAGUGAUUCAGAAUCAGAAAACUGUUUCGACACAUAUAAGAUAUAACAGUAGAAAAAGAGAGAAAUUAUG